AUGCCUGCCAACCUAGGAAAACCGCCACAAAAAGACACUUGCCCAGGAAGCCAAAUGCUUGAUGUACACAAGCACGACACAGCCUUAAAUCCUCUUGUAGAACUUAACAAUGAGAUUAGCUACCUCAUUUCUGCCUACAACAAAACAGGAAACCUCCCACAAAUGAACACCCUUGCGAAGAAAAUGGCCCUCCUAUUCAAUGCCAAGGAACUACAAAAUGCCCCAUUUCCGGAACCUGAUUAUUCGACCUCGACGGACUGCCUUCUAGAAGAUGCCAGAGCAUACGUUGCCAAAACAAGAGACAAAAUAAUGCCAGCUGAAACAGCACCUGCCCUGCUUGCCGCCGUUGCCAAUAUGUCCGCCGCCACAGCCACUAUGUCUACCGCCGCUGCUAACACGUCGCCUGCCCACACCUCUGCUUGUCCCACCAACGUCUCUGAAAAUGACCAAGAGACCGAUGCCUCCGCAACUGAACUAGCGACCCGUGCCCCUGCAAUUGACCCUGCCAUCGUCGUCCAUGCCCCUGACCCUGCAACCGCCGCCAAAGCCCAUGACAUAGCCAUUGUCGCCUACGUCUCUGAUCCUGCCACCGUCACCCCUACGCCUGCCGCUGUCGCCACUACACCUGCCGCCACCGCCGCCACUUCGCCCGCCGUCACUGCAAAUACGUCGCCUGCCCAUGACUCUGCCUCUGCCGCCAAUGCUUUUGCUAUUGGUCAAGCGACCCCUGCCCGUGCAAUUGACCCUGCCUUCGUCGCCAAAGCCCCUGACCCUGCCACCGUCGCCUACGCCCAAGACCCUGCCAUCGCCGCCCCGGCAUUUGAUCCAGCAACCAAAGCCUCUACAAUUGACCUAAUGACCAACGCCACCGCAACUGACCCUGCGACCAUCAAUCCUGCCAAUAACCAAGCGACCAUCAACCCU